ACGCCGGAAAACAGUGUCCUUCUCAGCUCCUGGUGAGGAUGAAGGGACCUUGGACAAGCCACUGGAAUCGGCACCUUUGGGUCUCCUAGCCCCACCACCUCCUCCUCCUGUCCCCACAGAGGAAGCACAAUCUCCAUUAGUUCCUGUGGAACCCAUGCUACCACCCCAAGUGUCCUUAACCUCAGAUGCCCCAGUUCCAGUUAUCUGCCCCCUGCCUCCCACGGCCUCCCCGGUAAAGCUAGUGGCUCCUCCCAGCCGCAGGCGGGAGCCGCCAAAAGCCAGUCAAAGGACAAUCAGCAACCUGCCAGCAGACCACGCUUCUCUUGUGAAAUGUUGGUCAGAGGAUAUGCCAACCGGUCGGUCCCGAAAUCGUUCUCGCUCCCGAAGCUCAGAACAUUUGAGGGUACCACAACCCCCAGAGGAAGAUAGACUGCUCAUACGCGAACAGAUGGGGGCUUCCUCACUACUGGAACUGGCGAAUCAGCCUGACCUGGCCGUAUUGGCAGAUGUGGCUCUCAAGAUGCCCGCCGUUGCAGGUAGAGAAGAUUUGGAGGAGACUUCAGAUGUAUCUCAGGAGCCGAAGCAUCUGCUUCUGCUGCCUGUGUUAUCCCUUGAAGUCAGCAGCAUCUUCAUGGAGCAUAACUAUACCAUGGCAGUGCGUGCAGCACCAGUAACUGUCUCCCGGAAACACGAUGAGGCAAUGCUGCUUGGUUCUGCUGACCUGUUGCAGAUGGACAUAUAUAAUGAGCACAUUGGUGAGGUUCUGGAGGCUCCUGAGGAGAUCGUGGCAGAUGCCAGUGAAGUCAGAACUGAAUCUGAAGUGGGCGAUUUUGUAGCACUGGCACCUCCACCUCCCCAAUCUCUUGAAAAGCCUAAGGUAACUGCUGUCCCAGAGCAGCCGCCGCCACAGAAGAAACCUCCACAUGGCCUAAAGGAGGAGGCCGUAAAAGAUCCAGGAGCAUUACUUUUUGGCCCAGAGAGUCUGUUCCCUUCUGAGAGUGAGGAGGAGGAGGAAGAGGAAGAGGAUGACGAGAGCCUUGACAGCAGUGACGAAGGGGAGAUUCGUAGGAGAUCUCUGCGCUCUCAUUCGCAUAAGCACACCCCUGCCCAGCCCCCACUUCCGUCCCCAGUCUAUGAGACACGCAGUGAAUUUGAACAGAUGACAAUCUUGUAUGACAUCUGGAAUUCAGGGCUAGAUUUUGAAGACAUGAAAUACUUGAGGCUGAUGUAUGAGCGCUUGCUGCAUGAGGACAAUAGUACAGACUGGUUGAAUGACACUCAUUGGGUCCAGCAUACCAUCACAAAUAUUGCAAAUCCCAAACGGAAGAGGAAAUCAUCUGACCUGCGGGAACAUCAAACAGGUUGUGCCCGUAGUGAGGGCUACUACCACAUCAGUAAGAAGGAGAAGGACAAAUACCUUGACAUGUGCCCAGUCACGGUGCAGCAGUUGGACCCCACUGAUACCCAGGGCACCAACCGUAUCUUGUCAGAACGACGAUCUGAACAAAGGCGUCUGCUGAGUGCCAUCGGCACCUCUGCCAUCCUCGACAGUGACCUUCUGAAACUUAACCAGCUGAAGGUACUAAAGCGAUUUUAUUAAGCAAUUGGCGAAAAAA